UCACCGGAAGAAUCCUAACCAUCCAAGCAAGUUGAAAACAGCAACUACAGUUGACCAAGAAAAAGACAAACCUAUCUCUAAACCGGCCGAAGACAAAACCAGAUGGGUAAAAAGAAACUAGUGGAGACGCGUUGCUCACCUUGCUACAUUAACAACUUAUUUACCCACUUGGAACGACAUAAUGAGCAAGGUAAGUUAGCUGAGAUUGAGGCCAUUGGAUUUGAUUUUCUGCGUCGGGUACCACAAUGGCAUGUGAAGCAGAGCAUCAUGCUCCAAUUAGCAAGGGCCUAUGAGGUGGAGACAGAUACUCUCAGGGUAGACGCCGGUGACAUUCACAUUACUGCAGAACUUAUCGGCAAUGUAUUCGGCAUACCUUCUAGAGGAGAGCCAAUUCCCGAGCUGCAGAAAAAAGAUGAAUCACAUUUGGCAAUUAAGAGACAAUUUCAGAAGAAAACCACAACCCAACUGCAGGACUUCCUAUUUGCUUGUCCAAUGGAGACCGAGCAACAGAGGAUGACAUUUAGAAGGUACUUCAUCAUGGUUGUUUUGAAGAUGUUUCUGAACCCUACAAGCCAACAGACUAUUUUUCCGUGGCACCUCCCUCCAAUAUUGGAUGUCUCGAACCCUAGAAGGUUUCAUUGGCCAUAUCACAUAUUACAUUGGCUGCGAGAAGCAAUAAGGAAAUUCCAAGACGAGAACCGGGAAACAUGCGGGGGAUGCAUGUUUGUGUUGUUGGUUUUGUACUUUCACCUAUUAAAGCAUGGUCCAUUGCAUGCAUGUAGAGUACCCGAGCCUUGGAUUGUUGAAUGGACCACGAAUGAACUUGAUAUGAAGGCCGACUAUGUUAUCUCAUAG